GAAUGUGACGGCCUGAACGGGUGAGCCACUCCAAUGGCGUGCACCAAAGCUCAUUUCCAUCCAGACCCACAGCCGGAACCAAAACCCACUGCUUUUUCAUCAGCCGCCUCCCUCCUGCUCCUCCUCUUCCUCGGUCUCUUUGCCUGCCCCUGCAGGAGCGCUCCUCCCCAGCCCGCCCGGCCUCCUCUCCUGUCCGGGCAGCCUUUCAUCAUCUUCUGGGGAAUCCUCGACUCCUCCUGCUCCAACAGAGCAGAUGCCAGGUCCUUUGGCAUGGAGCGAGAACGCAUCGCCGUCUUCUACGAAGACACGCUGGGAAGCUACCCUUACUUUGUAGACAAAAACACGCCUGUCAACAAGGGGCUUCCGCAGCACACACGCCUCAACAGCCACAUCCAGAAACUGCAGCAGGACUUGGAUGCAGCUCUGCCUUCCCCGAGGUACCUGGGGCUGGGGGUGCUGCGCUGGGCAGAGUGGCUCCCCCAGUGGUCCAGGAACCGAGAGAAGCAGGCCAUGUAUCAGGACGCGUCCAGGAAGCUGAUGAAAUCCUUCUUUCCUAAAUGGACCCCGGAGGAGGUGGAGAAGUGGUCAAAGGUGGACUUCGAAGCAGCAGCCCAGUCCGUCAUGAUGGAAAGUCUGCGUGAGGUCAAAAGGUUGAGGCCCAAGGCGCUGUGGGGCUUUUCUCCUUACCCGAGCUGCAACAACAACGACCCCACCCAAACAGUAUUAGGCAAUUACAGCGGCCAGUGCACUCCUGCUGAGGCGGCCCUCAACGACCAGCUCCUGUGGCUAUGGAAACGCUGCUCCGCCCUCUACCCCCUCCUGACUCUGGACAAGCUGCAGAGCGGCACUCCUGGAGCCCGGCUUUCCUCAUCGGGUCAGAUAAGAGAGGCUUUACGGGUCUCGUCUCUGGCUGGAAGAGAUUUUGAUCUUCCUGUUUUCCCUUUGGUCAAGAGUGUCUACGCCUCGACGAAAACCUUUCUAUCGCAGACUGACCUGGUCAACACUAUAGGAGAGAGCGCUGCCAUGGGAACUGCAGGGAUUGUCAUCUGGGAUAAAAGUGAGCCUAAAACAGAGAGAGAAUGCCAGGACCUGGCGGAGUUCGUCCAGAAAGUGCUGGGACCCUACUUCGUGAACAUCACCACGGCAACUCAGCUGUGCUCAGCAUCCCUCUGCCAGGGGAGGGGUCGGUGUGUCCGUCUGGAUCCAGACAGCUCCGCUUACCUCCAUCUGCCACCCUCAUCCACAGCGGCUGGAAAGGUGGCAGAAAAGGUAAAAAACGUUAAACGUUUAACAGACAAAUGAGUGCUGGAGUAAAAAAAGAAUCAGAACAGAUUGCAUUGAGAUCCCCGUGACCCCCUCCCACAGCGGUUACUUAGUAAUUGUCUAUUAUCGCCACUUGAUGGAAGCUGUAAAUGUAGCAUCUAUUU